AUGUCCCUCUUUGAUGAUGGACCCGUCGUCGCCUUCAACAUUCCCGCCCAGCCCGAUGAUCUGCUUGAAUGCACUGAAGGCUUUGCGGUGUCGCUCUGCAGCGAGCCGAGCGAGAUCUCACAACACAACCAGCUUGAGAUGAUUGAUGAGGCCGCUCAGCUGCUCGACAAUCCCCUGGCCAUUUGCGACAACGCCUGCUUUGAUGUCCUCUUCAGCUUUGCACGCAACGCGAAGGCCAUGUCGGCCGUGUCGGAUCCGCAAGAUCCUCACCUCCAUGUCUAUGUCUGUGUGUCUCUCCAUCUCUCCAGCUCGUUUGAAACCCUCGAGGCUCCUGUUCGAGCCAAGCUCUUCGCCUCUCUCCUCAAAGGCACGUCACUUGCCGACUACCUGGUGGAAGAAAUGUUUGCAUGCAGCAUGCAAAGCCUGGGUCGUGCCCUAAAGACAGAGUUGCCUGAUCUGACGGCCGCUUCUGGUCCGGCUCGUCGUGCUAUUGCUGCGACCGAGAUGAUCAGCUAUCUCUUUGGUCUCAUUGCUGUGACAGCCGAGCGCGAGGAGGCACAGGCGAAUCGCCAGACGCUGCAAACCGCCGGCAAAAAAACCAAGAAAGCUCUGCCAGCUGUAGCCCAGGGCGAAUUUUCCUGGGCACAUGCCCGCAGCCAGGCCUAUGGUGUCGUUGCGCAGUUGCUGGAGCUUGAACUGCCCAAGCUCUGGUCCAUGUCUUGUCCCGACGAAGCCUUUGUCAAUCUUUUCACGCGGGUGCUCUAUUUGGCUCUUGAGAAUCCGGAAGUGGUCAAGGACAAGGACCUGCGACAAGACAUAUUCGAAAUGCUGGGCCGCUUGGUGCAGGCCUACAACCACACCCUGGGCGCAUGCACCACCAUCGUGCACAUGCUGCCCCACUUUGAACACCUUUCAGAACCUUUUGCUGACCUGGUGACCCUCUGCAGCACCAAGUACAACUCUCCUCGCGUGACCCAAGAUGUCUUGCACGAGCUCAGUCACAUUGAUGGCUCAGAUUUUGGCAAUGACAACAGUGCCGCACGCGCCUAUGCCGUGUUUCUCGUCGCGGUGGGUCAGCAGCAGCCCGGGAUUUGUGUGCAAGCCGUGCACCAACUGGCCGAGCUAUUGGAGAACGAGGCCUACAGUCUACGAAACGCCGUGCUCAGCAUGCUGAGUGCCAUCCUCAGUCAGCAUCUCAAGUCGCUUCAAGAUGAAGAAUCAGUCAAGACGCGCACUCAGCUUCUCAACAUGCUGGUCGAGCGCAUCAAUGACGUGUCCGCUUACACGCGCAAAGCAGCCCUAUCGGCCUUGACCGAUCUGGCCAUGGCUCGUGCCAUUCCACUGCAGCACAUCCAGGCAGCCACUGAUGCUGCCAUUCUUCGCAUUGAAGACAAGUCGUCUCUGGUCCGCAAGCAGGCCCUUCAUCUGGCCGUGGAACUCAUGCGACAAAACCCUUUUGGUGCCAAGCUCUGCGCACAAGACUUUCGAAACGCAUUGGCUGAAGCCAAGUCCAAGCUCGAGCACUUGUGCGGCGUUACGUCAUCCUCAAGCGGGGAACAAAAACCAUCAAUCAAAACCGAGCCCACAGCCAGUGACACAACUACCUCUGCCAACACCGACGAGGGCGCAGACGAGCUUGCUGAGAUGUCCACCAUCAGCAGCGCUCAGGAUGAAACAACGUCCGAGGCGGAUGGCCUGGAUCUUGUUGUAGAGACACAGGAGCAGCGGGAACAGCUGGUUGUCGUGGACUUCCUGCGUCGGGCCGUGGCAAUGACCGAAGCUCUCUCUCCGGCCCUUAGAGUUGCGGCCCAAUUGCUCGGGUCAAAGACCAACAGCGAUGUGCUCGAGGCCAUUACUUUUUUCGUAACCGCCGUUCAAUUUGGCGUCGACGAUGCCGACCGCAUGGCCCACAAGAUGCUCGUCCUCAUUUGGAGCAAGGAGAAUGGCGUCAAGCAGGCCGUCUUGGAUGCUUAUCGAACACUCUACUUCACCCCGGAUCCGGCCAUCCACAACACCGCAAAGGCGCGCAGCUGCUUUGUGGUGGAUAACUUGAUCCGCAUGACCUCUGUGGCCGACAUUGGUGACGGCAAGUGCCUUGAGGAGCUGGUGCAAACCAUGAUGAAGGAGGGCGUUCUCACGGACAGUGUCGUCAAGCAACUCUGGGACACAUAUGCCCGUGCGCCUGAAGCCAGCCAGGAUGCAGAGCGGCUGGAUCAACACACACGCGCGCGUUUUGCCAUGGCCAUUCUCUCCAUGGCUGCUCGCGCCGAUGGCAAGAUCAUUCGUGACAAUACAGGUCUGCUCAUGUCUGUCGGCUUUCCCGAUCAAAGUCCCCCCGACUGCCUUCUCGCGCGUGAAACAGCCGUUGGCUUGCGCCAGCUCUUGCCACGCCAAUCUGAGAAGGGGAGCAUGUUGGCUCCGCAGCGCCUUGCCCGCGACCACAUGGUGUUUGUGACCAUGUUGACCUUCGUCCAGCGUCAAUUCACAGCCAAAUCCGAGGGCUGGAUUCCUACCGCUGAGGCUGUUCUCGACACGGUCUACGCCCUUGGCGAGCAGCCUGAUCAUCUGGCUGGCUCCCUCCUCGCAGGGCUGGCUGCUCGCAUGACUCAGCCUGCCGACUGCAGUCCCACUGAACGUUUGAAGCGGCUCCUCUUCCUGGUGGGGCACGUCGCGCUGCGCCAGUUGGUGCACACUGAAGACGUGCAGUCGGAAAUGAAGCGCCGCCGUGCUGCCCAGGAUGAUCUGCAGCAACAGGCGCGAGGAAAAAAGAAAACGAGCGACGAGGAAGACAUGGGCGUUGGCGGUGCCUCGGCCGAUGAUGCAGAGGCCGAGUUUAUUCAUCAAGUGUGCGAAUCAGAGCUACUGUCGACCCAAGCCCAACUCGGUUCCUUCUGUCAGCUUGUGGUCAACGUGUGCACGGCACCAGAGCGUUUUGCAUCGGCUGAGCUGCAGGCGGUGGCUGUGACAACGCUGUCCAAGCUGAUGACCGUCUCCUCGCAGUUCUGUGACGACAACCUGCAACUGUUGUUCUCAGUGGCCAAGCACUCUGCUUACCCCAUCGUGCGCAGCAAUGCCAUGGUAGCCCUGGGUGAUCUGGCUUUCCGCUUUCCAAAUCUGAUCGAACCGUGGACAGCGCAGCUUUACUCACCGCUGCGCGACAGCUCGGCGCGAGUGCGCAAGAACACAGUCAUGGUGCUGACACAUCUCAUCCUCAAUGACAUGAUCAAGAUCAAGGGCCAAAUCAGCGAGCUCGCCCUCUGUUUAUGCGAUCCCAUUGAGCGCAUCGGCAGCCUGACCCGUCUCUUUUUCACCGAGCUGGCCAACAAAGGCAAUGCAAUCUACAACAUCUUGCCCGAUGUUAUCAGUCACAUUUCCUCGCCCGACGCCAGCGUUGAUGCUGCCGCCUUUGAAACCAUCGCCUCCUUCCUCUUUCAAUUCAUCAAGAAGGACAAGCAGGCGGAGAGCUUGGUGGAAAAGCUCUGCCAUCGCUUCCGCACGACUCAGUCGGUGGUGCAGUGGCGCCAAUUUGCUUACUGUCUGACUCUGAUUGACUUUUCUGACAAAUGCGUGCGCAAGUUGACGGAGAAUUUUGCCUGCUUCCACGACAAGCUGGGUGAUGCCUCUAUCUACGGGAGCUUUCAAGAGGUGAUUGCACGGGCCAACAAGUUUGCCAAGCCAGAAAUGAAGGAUGCCAUUGCCGAGCUUGAGCAGCGCAUUGGUAGCUGCCAUGAGAAGGGGGCCGAGGACGAGGCUGCCUUGCAAGAAGCUGCAAAGGCCAGCAAGCGAGUUCGCCGUGGCCGCAAAACUGCAAGCACGAAUGACAAGAGCAUGCUUGAGGACGGGGCUGAUGAAAACGCGAGUGACGCUGUGCGGAAUCGCCGCUCCACACGUGGUACUGCCAAGCCGAAAGCACAACCUUCAAGGCCACGUCGCCGCCGUGCCAUUUGUUCUGAUGAUGAGGACGAUAGUGACGAAGAUUUCCUAGCAGAACAAUCAUCUCUUUCUGCCAAGAAAUUGGCGCCACGCAUGGAUGGGCUCUCUGAUGAAGAGGAGGAUUUGCUUUUGGCCAUUUGAGUGAAACGUUGAACGCCAAAUGGCCUGCAACCGACACCACAGGUCUCUCUUUCAGGGAAUGUGUGUCAACUCGUUUGAUUGUAUGUGCGGCAAUCUUGUUUUCGGCCUUUUGUCAAUAAUAAAUUUGUGGCAUGACCUGCACCAUGCACGUGCCCAGUCUGUGUGAGUUAAGAGAAAGAAGCAAAGACAGCGAGAACAGAUCGAUAUGACAUUGUUUAGCUCAAUUGAUCUCAUUAUCA